UACUUUAAUUAAUAUACAUUUCAGAAUAGGUUUUAAAACCCAGCCUUCAUGGAGCCCCCAGGGGAAAUUAGUGUGAUGGAUAGGGCAAUGAAUAAUCCCAUUAUUUUGUCAGAAAUCAUAAAACGAUCCCCAUUGAAAACUUGUCGAUUAGUUUGUCAAUUCUGGAAUGAAAUGGUCCUCUCCCUUCCAAAUACGACACUUGCCUUAAAUCUGGAGUACGAGGUCGGUGACUACAACGCCAUUCCAUUUUUCGAUUUGUGCUUCACAUUGGAUGACCGACUUUCGAAACAGAUUGUUGCAACGUGUACAUCUGCUCCUUCUGACGAGAACCCCUCUGACUGGAUCGAUAUCUUCGCCUACAGACUUACCCAUGUUUGUGACAAGUUUAACGACAGCGUGCAAAUUUUGGAGAUUACCGUCGACUAUGCAGCCUGUUUACAAUCAGUCUUCCAAGUUUUGAAAAAUUGCUGUCCCAAUUUAAAACAGUUAGAAAUCUCUUACGAUCUCAACGAGGAUGAAUCAUUAGAUUUCAAUAAAGAAAUCCUGCUAGGGCCGCUCCUACCAAAGCCAAAGUUGACAUUGCUCACGGUCAGGUCUGAAGUCAAGGUGACCCCGUCUCUCACCAGCCUUCUUCAGCUGGUUGUCAAUGCCUCCCCAAAUCUAAGAGAGGCCACCAUUCCAUGGGGAUUCUGUCCAGAUUUUGCCAAUUCUAAACUUCUUGGCUCCUUAACGGUCAAAUUGGAACUCACUCGGCGAAUUGAAGACGCUAUGGCGGAAUUUAAACCUUUGGAACUCACACGUUUGUUGAAUCAAGUUGCUGACCAGCUAGUCAACCUCGGUUUUUCUCAUUUCGACCAUUAUGGGAUGAAUUACAACGAGGCCUACGAUUCGGGUCGAAGAAGAGUCCAUUUACCGAAAAAUAUGCCGAAACUGCAAAAGUUAGGGAAUAAAAUGGUCGACAUAUUUCCGCUCCAGGAUAUCAAAGUACUGUCCGCUCUGAAAACGCUUGAGAUUGGAAAGAUAUUCAAAAAGUCGAGAGUUGUGGAUGAACUUUUGGAAAAUAUGUAUCGAGCGAACGAGGUUUUCGCGAAUGUAAGAAAUUUGACGAUUUUCGAGAUUCAGAAUCCCAAACUUGUUCAUGGAUUGAAGACGGCGUUUCCCAACUUGGAAAGAUUAGAGUUGGAUACGCGUUGCGAAAAGGAUUUCAACCGGGCCCUGGCUAGGAUGAAUUUGGGCGUGGUGCUCAAUGCGUUGAAGGGUUGGGAGGGAUUGAAACAUUUAAAUUUGAAGCUACCUAAUUUUUCACGAAAACGGGAUGCCAUUCAGACUUUGUUGAAUGCCGCGGAUUUGUAUAAAGAGCUGAAAAUUUUGGAAAUUUGGAUAUGUCAGGAACAUUAUAAAAGAGGAGAUUUAACGAAUUACGAGAUGGAUCAGUUCGAGAAACUGCUCGUUGCGAUGGAUGGAAUGGACCGGGUCACAAUUCAUGAUAUUUAUGUUAGUCAAGAUUCUCGGAGAAAGAUAUUGGAUUUCAUGGUGUCAAAGAAAAUGUCCGUGGACAAGUUUAAGAUUUUUCAAGGGGGAUUGACGUGUCGGGACAAGUUGUAAAUUUGUGGGUGCAAAUUCGAGUUUUGUAGGAAGGUCGUCAGGGAUAUCAUUUCUUAAUCGCCUUAUAUAAUAUACAAUUUUUGUGUGUCUGUUAAUUCCAUAUAUGGAUGCCAAAUUUACCUGGCCUUGCACUAAUUUCUAUCUGUAUUUAUUUCGUU